AAGAAAUCGGCGUGACUCACGCUCUAUGAGAAGAAUAUAAAAGAGAUCCUUUACUUGAAGAACAUUCACGAUGCUUCGUUUUAGUCUCUUCAAGUCACGCACUGACCGAACACCGGGGAUCUGCACAGCGUCAUCCCGAGCUCCCUUCUCCUUCUGCCGGCAAGGCUGACCAAACCCGAACGAGGCCAGGCAACAGCAUCAAAUCACCCCAGCCACACAACGGGUCCACAUUAACCACGAACUCGGUAUGGCCUCGAGAAUGGUGAGGCUAGAUGGGAGGACUGGAGAGGGAGGAGGCCAAUUGGUCAGAGUCGCAGUUGCUCUUGCUGCACUGACAGGCGCACCACUUCGAAUUGACAAUGUCCGUGGAAACCGAGAAGGAAAGCGUGGUGGUGGCUUGAAAGCACAGCAUGUUGCUUGCAUCAGAACUCUGGCAGAUGCCACUGCAGCAGAAGUCACUGGUUGCUCCGUUGGGAGCAAGUCCCUUGAAUUCAAAGCCAAGCUAUCCCCGAGAGACCUUGUCAAUCGAAAUAUCAAAGUCAAGGCGGAGUCCGUAUCAAGUAUUCUCUUGAUCUUCCAAGCGGUUCUACCGUUCCUGCUCUUCGCAGGUGAUGGCAAAGGCGCGCCGAUUACCCUUACUAUCCAAGGUGGAACCAAUGUCAGCUUCUCACUUUCGUUUGAGUACCUUGAUCAAGUGCUUCUGCCCUCUCUUGAAAGAUUUGGCAUCAAGGUCGAAAGAAAACUCGAAUUCCGUGGAUGGUCUCAUGGUCCGCGGCAGAUUGGCUCAGCAAAAUUUGGCAUCACUCCUCUUAAACCAGGACAUAGAAUCAAGGAACCUUUGUGGCCGAAGGAGCGUGGAGAGAUCACGAAGAUUGAUGUAUCCAUUGUCGUUCCGAAAUAUCUGCAAGAUCCACUGAAAAAGGCGUUACUGUUCGAAAUUGGACUCGUCUUUGAGGACGCAGAAGCAGAAUUCGUUGUCGUUGACGACAGCAGACAUCCGGCUCGGAUGUACGCUCUGCUUGUGGCCCAUACAUCAAUGGGCCUACGUUUUGGGCGAGACUGGUUGUAUGACGAGAAGAGCAAGAACAAGACCGUGGAUGACUUGAGCACUAAGAUUGCUCAGAAGGUUGUGGAUGAGCUCGAUGUUGAGGUCAGGAAAGGGGGACUUGUUGAUGAAUAUCUCCAAGAUCAGUUGGUCGUCUUCCAGGCUUUGGCAGAGGGGGAAUCGGUCAUCCCUGGUUCAUUUGAGGCCAUCUCAUCAGAGGGAGGGCACGUCGAUCAAACAGAUGAGCCGUUUGGAGAUGGCAGCACUCACACCACAACUGCGAGGUGGGUCGCAAGUCAACUUCUGCCACAGGUCAAGUGGAAGGACAAAGGCCGCGUCUGCGAGGGCGCCGGUUUAGACAGCUUCAAGAACUGAUGAGUUGACGCCACUUGGAGAUGCUUUGGAGGCGGUUCACAUGGAAUGAACUUCCAGACGCAUUUUAAAUUUUCUGACAGAUGUGAACUUCCAGAUUCACUUGGCAAUCAAUUCUAAAAAUUUACUUCUACAUCAUUCGGCCCCCCCCUAACUAUGUCUCCCUAAUUUCAGUCACCUUUGAUUUUUUAACCUUCGUCUUUCACUUUCGACCUCCGUCUCCCUUCAUCAGGGUAGCACGCUUCUUUGGUGAACGGACUCGUCCAGUGGUAUGAUACCUUCUGCCUGCGAAGAUCCCCCACCCGUUACCGCUUCUCGUUCUUCCAACAUGCGAUUUUUCAAGAUCCUCUUAGCCAGCUGCAUCCUCUACAGAUGCGCCACCGCAACACCUGCAGACUCGUCCUCUCGAUCAGACGACGGAGCU